ACCCGUCCCGCGCUCCGCUAUAACUACGACCGCCCCCUCUCCCCCACCUCUCCUCACAAACCGAUCCCGACCGGCGACAUCGCUUCCACCGGAUCAAGCAGCUAGGGUUUCGUCUUCUCCGCGGAGCUUGGAAUUUUCGGCGAGAUGUUCGGGCGCGGGCCGCCGAAGAAGAGCGACAGCACGCGCUACUACGAGAUCCUGGGCGUGCCCAAGGACGCGUCCCAGGACGACCUCAAGAAGGCCUACCGCAAGGCCGCCAUCAAGAACCACCCCGACAAGGGCGGCGACCCAGAGAAGUUCAAGGAGCUAGCUCAGGCUUAUGAGGUCCUGAGUGAUCCUGAGAAGCGGGAGAUCUAUGAUCAAUAUGGUGAGGAUGCCCUCAAGGAGGGAAUGGGAGGUGGAGGGAUGCAUGAUCCGUUCGACAUCUUCCAGUCAUUCUUUGGUGGUGGUGGCAACCCCUUUGGAGGUGGAGGGAGCAGCAGGGGCAGGCGGCAGCGCAGGGGUGAGGAUGUGGUCCAUCCUCUGAAGGUUAGCCUUGAGGAGUUGUACAAUGGAACAUCAAAGAAGCUAUCUCUUGCCCGCAACGUGCUCUGCUCGAAGUGCAAUGGCAAGGGUUCAAAGUCUGGGGCUUCCAUGAAGUGUGCCGGCUGCCAAGGUGCUGGUUACAAGGUGCAGAUAAGGCAGCUGGGACCAGGAAUGAUUCAGCAAAUGCAGCAGCCUUGCAACGAGUGCAGGGGAAGUGGGGAGACCAUCAGCGAUAAGGAUCGCUGCGGGCAGUGCAAAGGUGAGAAGGUGGUGCACGAGAAGAAAGUCCUGGAGGUGGUUGUCGAGAAGGGAAUGCAGCAUGGACAGAAGAUCACCUUCCCGGGCGAGGCGGAUGAAGCGCCUGAUACCGUUACUGGAGACAUAAUCUUCGUCCUCCAGCAGAAGGAGCACCCCAAAUUCAAGCGGAAGGGCGAUGACCUCUUCUACGAGCACACCCUGACCCUGACCGAGGCCCUGUGUGGCUUCCAAUAUGUCCUGGCUCAUUUGGACGGCAGGCAGCUGCUCAUCAAGUCCAACCCUGGCGAAGUGGUCAAGCCUGAUUCAUUCAAGGCGAUCAACGACGAGGGCAUGCCCAUGUACCAGAGGCCCUUCAUGAAGGGCAAGCUGUACAUCCACUUCACGGUGGAUUUCCCCGACUCGCUGAGCCUGGACCAGUGCAAGGCGCUCGAGACUGUCCUCCCGCCCAAGCCGGCGUCGCAGUACACGGACAUGGAGCUGGACGAGUGCGAGGAGACGAUGGCCUAUGACAUUGACAUCGAGGAGGAGAUGCGGAGGCGGCAGCAGCAGCAGGCACAGGAGGCCUACGACGAGGACGAGGACAUGCCCGGUGGCGGCGGCCAGCGGGUGCAGUGCGCCCAGCAGUAGGCAGGCAGGAUGUUGUGUUUGUCAGUCAAGCAGAUGAAUUCGUUUCUGUUCUCAAGUUUUCCAUGUUAGGGUUCUUACCCUUUUGGUGCUAGUAUAUGAUAUAACUACUUCACUGAACAAUACCGGGUCGUCCAGGAAAAUUAUUUGCCUUCUUGUUUU